UGAUCGAUCGAUCAUGGGGCUGAGCAAGGCGGAGGUGAAGCUGCGGAGGCUGCUGGCGUCGAUGCCCAGGCAGGAGAAUGAGCGCAAGCUCGUCCAUUAUGUGGCAACGGCUAGAGAGCUCCUCACUGUUCUCACGGGAGAGAACGCCCAGCAAAAUCUUCCCAGCAUUUCAAUGGACAAAGCCCGAGAGUAUGGCGAACAGAUUGAAGCGUUUGCCGAGAAGAUCAACGUCACACAAAUGGCAGAUAUGUGGGAUGCGCUCAAAACUUCUACCUCGAACGCCGAUGUCGAGGACGAAUUCUCGGCGACUCCUGCCGAAACUCCAGUUCCCGAGCGCAAUCUUCGAAAGAGACACAUCCAGCGUGACGAUCCCGAGCCUGGUCCUUCAAAAGAAGAAGUGAAACUCGACAGUGCCACUCACGAAUUCAUUGGAAAGCAUCGGCGACUCCAGGACGAUCUAACAGAUGAAAUGGUGGCGUUAGCUCGACACAUGAAAGAGUCGACACUGCUCAUGCAACAAUCCCUGCAAGACACAGACAAAGUUGUGGAUGCCACUGGCGAGGCUGUAGAGCGAAGCUUGGCCUCCGCGAACCGUGUGACUCGAAGAGCCGGCGAGCUCUACUCGCGAGGCUUUAGCACUGGAUGCUACACUUGGCUUCUCAUCUUUGCCAUGUUUUGCGUCUUCAUAUUCAUGAUCGCAGUCAUCCGGAUCACUUGACGAUGUUCUCUCUUUUCUGGCCAAGAGCAGAAUGUGUUGGCGCUUCGUCAAGAAGAACCUCACCUCCAUCUCAAUGAGCCUUUAUCCACCCGCAACACGAACUUGUCCCCAUGCCAAGUGUUACAUGGAGUUAUAGUGGAGUUGAGAUCCGACGACAAGGACGAGCUCCCCAAGCAUUUUUCUUGGAAUCAUAAUCCAUAGCAUGCUGGUCGUCAAACUUGAGAAUUACAUGGUAAUGCCAUGAUCUUUUAAGCAUUGAUAUCAAAUUCUCCAUA